AUGGAUUUAUAUCUGGUUACUGGAAAUAAAAAUAAGAAGAUGGAAAUUGAAAGAAUGAUGAAUAAUGAAUUAAAAAUUGAAUUUGUAGACUUUGAUUUAAUCGAAAUUCAAUCAGAUAACAUAAUAGAGAUAAAUGAACAUAAAGUUAAAAAUGCUUUUGAAAUGUUAAAUGAGAAAAAUUCCCAAAAUAAUAAAAAACAAAUUGUUAUAACAGAAGAUACAGGAUUAUAUAUAGAUUGUCUAAAUUUUUUUCCUGGACCUUUUAUAAAAUGGAUGCAAAAAGCAAUUGGGUCAAAAGGAAUUUAUGAAAUUGUUUCAAAAUUUAAUGAUAAUAAAUGUCAUGCUAUUUGUGUUUAUUCUAUUUAUGAUGGAGAAAAUGUACAUUCGUUUAAAGGAGUAACUCAUGGGAAAAUUGUUGAACCAAGAGGAUCAGACAAAUUUAGCUGGGAUAAUAUUUUUUUACCUAAUGAAUUUAAAAAAACAUUUGCUGAAAUGACUUUUUGUGAAAAGAAAGAAAUUUCCCCUCGUUUUAAGGCAUUUGUCCAAUUAAAAGAAUUCUUAUUAAAAGAACUAAAUAAAUACAACACAUAA